ACUGGCAUCAUUAAAAGUAUGUCGGACUUCCCUGGUGGCGCAGUGGUUAAGAAUCCGCCAGGCAAUGCAGGGGACAGGGGUUUAAGCCCUGGUCCGGGAAGAUCCCACAUGCGCAGAGCAACUAAGCCCGUGCGCCACAACUACUGAGCCUGCGCUCUAGAGCCCGUACUCCUCAACAAAAGAAGCCACCACCCCAAGGAGAAGCCCACACACCGCAACGAAGAGUAGCCCCUGCUCGCCACAGUUAGAGAAAGCCCUCUCGCAGCAACGAAGACCCAACGCAGCCAAAAAUAAAUUUAAAAAAAAAGUAUGUAUGUCGGAUAUUUGGGGAAAUAAAGACGCACACCCCAGUGACUGACAGUGAGGAUUGAUCUUUGGAUUAUUUCAGCAUGAGCUUCCUGUUACCCAAGCUGAGUAGCAAAAAAGAAGUGGACCAGGCAAUAAAAAGUACUGCAGAGAAGGUGCUGGUUCUCAGGUUCGGGAGAGACGAGGAUCCUGUCUGUCUGCAACUAGAUGAUAUUCUUUCUAAGACCUCUUCUGACUUAAGUAAAAUGGCUGCUAUAUAUCUGGUAGACGUGGACCAAACCCCAGUUUAUACACACUAUUUUGACAUCAGUUAUAUUCCAUCUACUGUGUUUUUCUUCAAUGGGCAGCAUAUGAAAGUGGAUUAUGGGUCUCCAGAUCACACUAAGUUCGUGGGAAGUUUCAAAACCAAACAAGACUUCAUAGAUUUGAUUGAAGUAAUUUAUCGAGGCGCAAUGAGGGGAAAACUUAUUGUUCAAAGUCCUAUUGAUCCCAAGAAUAUUCCCAAAUAUGACCUCCUCUAUCAAGACAUUUAGCACUUUCACUGCUGUCAAAGUUGAAGAGACAGGCCCAUCGUGAAACAGUGCCUGGCGUCAGCUGUGCUGUUUUUCUGGGGUCUUUCGGAAACGUGGUCAGCAUCCCGGCGGAGAAGAGGUUUGACGUGUACAGAAAAUACCGGCCCCCAGGUAGAAGACCGCACUGGUGCUGUGACAAUUUGGAAUGCCCAAGUGUCUACUCCCUGCAGACCUCAGAGCAGUCAAGUCAGCCGUGGUCAAUUUCCCCAGUGUGGUUAUUUUAAUUUCUCUUUAUAGUAUAGUUUUCUUUAUUCUUUAAGAUAAUACAGAAUCCUUCUAAACCUUGGCUAGUACAAUUUGAUUUAACUAUGUUUAUUUGAUACACAAGUAAAAUAGAAAGUCAAUUCCCAUAAGAGCAAAAAUACAUCUUUUCUACCCUAUGUGUACACACCCACCCCUUCCAUCUUCCUCAGCCUCGCCACUCCUCCACUCGUGUAUUUAUCUCGUGCUCACCUAUUAUCCCAGUUCUUUUGGAAUAAAUCAUUCUUUACUGAGAGCAG